AUGCCCAACAACAGGUGGAGAUGGUCUGCCGUUGACCGCGUUCUCGGUGCCAAUGGCAGCCGAGCGACUGGAAACAGCUCUCGAGCUCGGGAUCUGAUCCAUGAGGAAGAAAGUGCCUUGCUCCCACAUUUCAAUCAUGACCAGAUGACAUCAGCCGUUCCGGCACCAGAAGUCACCAAAGUCUGUCUUCGUCUGCGCCAUCUCAUACAGGAAUGUGUUCCCUGCGAAAUGGAAGAGAGCCGCAUUACGGCACCUCACAGUCGAAUCAUUACAACCAAGGUUGUUCAAGCCGCCAAAGAGGCUGGCGGUCAUGAAUAUCGGGGCUGUGUCGUGUACUGCCUGUUGGUCAAUCAACGUUGGUUUAAACAUGAGGCUCUCGUAGAGUUAUGGGACUCAGAUUUGCACAAGCUGCGAGCUGAAGCUUGCGGAGUCAUUGCCAAAGCCUUGAUUGAGACCGAGGAAAACAUCAAUUAUCUCCUAUAUUCUGUGCUGCUGCGUCGGUAUUCGUACAUGGCAAACGGCGUCCCAACACCACCCGUGAAUGUAAUUGAAAAGGCUGUCGAUUUGCAUGCUGUGCGAGUCAUUGGGUCUUCCGGUUAUCAGAAAUGCAUCAACUACUUGUGGCGUGGCUGGCUCGUCCAAGAUGAAAAUGACCCAUCAAUCUUUGUCGAUUACAAGGACAAGGAUAAUCCCAAUUUCAUCGUGCAUAUGGAUCCGGACCGCAUGAGAGCUCCUCGAAAUCAAAAUGCAGCUCAGUUGUUGCUCUCCAUAGUCUAUCUGCUCCUCUACACCAUUGCCAUCAACUCAAUCAACGCCACGGGUGUUUUGGACACUGCAGAGGUUGCCUUGUAUCUCUUCACUUUGGGUUAUGUUUGCGACGAGAUCAUGAAGUUUUACAAGGCUGGAUAUCACAUCCUCGGAUUCUGGAACGCAUUCAACGCUGUUCUUUACUCAUUUUUAACCGUCUCACUAAUUUUUCGAAUCAUGGGAUUGACGUCUGCAGACGACUCUGACUACCGUGAGCGCUACAGCAAACUGAGCUACAACAUGCUGUCCUUUGUUGCUCCUAUGUUUUGGUGUCGCCUCAUGCUGUACCUCGACAGCUUCCGAUUCUUUGGAGCUAUGCUUGUGGUGUUAAAAGUCAUGAUGAAGGAGUCUGUCAUCUUCUUUGCUCUUUUGAUCAUCGUCAUCAUAGGAUUCCUACAGGCAUUUAUUGGCUUGGACCUGACCGAUGAUAAUGUUGCCAAUGACGUUUUGUUCAUCAUCGAGUCCAUGACGAAGGCAAUCCUGCAAAGCCCAGAGUUUGAAGGAUUCGAGGGCUUUGGUCCACCAUGGGGGAUUGUUCUAUACUAUUGCUUCACUUUCGUUGUCAUGAUUAUUCUUCUCAAUAUCCUCAUUGCCUUGUACAACUCUGCCUAUGAGGACAUAUACGAGAAUGCCGACGACGAGUACCUCGCUCUCUUCUCCCAGAAGACCAUGCAGUUUGUUCGAGCUCCAGAUGAAAAUGUGUACAUUGCACCCUUUAACCUCAUCGAAAUCAUCAUCUCAGCCCUUUUUGAAUGGUGGAUGCCAAAGCACAUCUACGAGGUCAUCAACGACUAUGUGAUGGCUGUAAUAUACUCACCGCUACUGUUCGUCUCAGCGUUUUUUGAGACCCGGGCUGCUCAUCGCAUUCGACAUAACAGGUCGAGAGGUGACGACGAUGAUGACGUGGUUGAGGAGUGGGAGCAAUUGGAACAUGAGCUUGAUAUGGAAGCCGAAGGAUGGACCAAAACUUGCGACUCUGUCAAGCCGAAUAUGGAGGAUGACCCUGCAGUUUUGGAAGUCCGAAAGCUACACGCCGAGGUUGAAGAAUUAAAGCUCAUGUUGAAGGAGUUAACGAAAUCUGUCGGGGUCAACAAGACUGGCGACAACGAAGGUAGGAAGGGUGAAGGGCAGUCGUCCAAGUCCAACGAUGACCAGUAA